AUGCCGGAAACCCUCACCCGCGCCGAAGUUGCGAAGCAUAACACCGAGGAAUCCCUCUGGUGCAUCAUCGACCACCAGGUCUAUGACCUGACGGAUUUUUUGGAUGCCCACCCCGGUGGCUCCGUUGUACUCGCCCAAGUUGCCGGUAAAGAUGCCACGACCGAUUUCUACAAUCUGCACCGCCAGGAGGUGCUAGAGAAGUACAAGGAGCAACUGCUUGUCGGCACUAUUGAGGGCGAGACGCCCGAAGUGAUUGUGCCUGUUCCGGGCGCCAUCAGCCCAGUUCCCUACGCCGAGCCACUCUGGCUACGCCCCCAGUUUAAGAACCCCUAUUUCAAGGAGAGCCAUCGCAGGCUGCAGAAGGCGUUGCGAGAGUUCACUGACAAAUAUGUGACUCCCGAGGCCCAAGAGAAAGAGCGGGAUGGCACAUACAUCAGCCAGGAGCUGAUCGACCGCAUGGCAGAGACAAACAUUUUGGCUAUGCGUUUGGGACCUGGCAAACACCUUCACAACCGGAAACUCCUGGGCGGAGUUGUGGAUGGUAAGGAGUUUGAUUACUUUCACGACAUGAUCGUGGCGCAGGAGCUCGUCCGAGCCAACGCCCGAGGAUUCCAAGAUGGCAACAUGUCUGGUAUGACCAUCAGUUUGACUGCCGUGCAGCAGUGGCUGGGAAACACAGCUCUUAAGGAGCAGGUGACAGAGGAAGUUCUGUCAGGGCGAAAGAAGAUGUGUCUCGCUAUCACCGAGGCUUUUGCUGGCAGUGAUGUCGCAGGUCUCAAGACCACUGCCACCAAGACCCCCGACGGCAAGUUCUAUAUUGUUAAUGGAACCAAGAAAUGGAUCACCAACGGCAUGUUCGCUGAUUACUUCGUGACUGGCUGCAAGACCGAAAAGGGCUUCUCGGUGCUUCUGAUCCCCCGUGAUGAGAACAUUGAAACUAAGCAGAUCAAGACAUCCUAUUCGACUACAGCCGGGACUGCCUUUGUGCAGUACGACAAUGUGAAGGUGCCAGUCGGUAACCUUCUUGGCGAGGAGCACAAGGGAUUCCAGGUCAUCAUGUCCAACUUCAACCACGAGCGCCUGUACAUGUGCUUUGCUGUCGUCCGCGCAUCAAUGAGUGUUGUGGAAGAGUGCCUGAAGUGGUGUAACCAGCGAAUCGUCUUCGGAAAGAAGUUGAUCGAGCAGCCAGUGAUGCGUCAAAAACUCGCGCGUAUGAUUUCUCUCACGGAGUCUAAUCAGGCUUGGUUGGAAUCUAUCACCCACCAAAUGAACAACAUGACCUACGCCGAGCAGGCCACACACAUGGCUGGGCCUAUCGGUCUGCUUAAGUCUUAUGCGACUAGAUCCGCCUACGAGAUUGCCGACCACUCCACCAACAUCUUUGGUGGUCGUGGUAUUACCCAAACCGGCAUGGGUAAGGUCAUCGAGGGCUUCAACCGGGGCAACAAGUUUGACGCUAUUCUCGGUGGUACUGAAGAGAUUUUGGCCGACCUUGGUGUAAGACAGGCUGUUAAGAAGUUCCCUAAGGCGAUGUUAUAG